AUGCCUCAAUCGGCCCACCCCCAAAGAUGGCUUAUCGCCUACAAUUCCAUCUCCGCGUCGCUCUGGUCUGUUGUGCUUUUCAACACACUCUUUUUGGGCGCGCUCCUCGGCCAGCCGUUGCUUUUUGAAAAGUCUUCCACCAUUCUUACCUUGGUCCAGUCUUGUGCCGUGGUGGAGAUCUACAACUCUGUCUUUGGCAUCGUCAAGUCGCCUGUUUUCACCACCGUGUCGCAGGUGCUUUCUCGCUUGUUGAUUGUGCUUGGAAUCGUCCAGGUGUUGCCCGAGUCUCCGGCUAAUCACCAUUGGGUAUACAUCACCUUGUGUUUGUCGUGGUCCAUCACGGAAGUGGUGAGAUACUCGUACUAUGCGUCCAACUUGAGAGACUCUCUGGCCAUUCCGUCGUGGCUCACGUGGAUGAGAUACUCGCUUUUCUAUGUGUUGUAUCCCACGGGCGUCGCUUCCGAAAUGUCCAUGAUCUACAUGAGUCUCGGCGAGGCAGAAAAGGUGGUGGGCAAGUGGUACUCGUGGUUGCUUUUCGCCAUCCUUUUCACCUACCCUCCGGGCUUGUACACGUUGUACACGUAUAUGAUCAGACAGAGAAAGAAGGUUCUUGGCAAGAAGCCAAAGAAGACCGACUAG